GGAAACUGCCAGAACAAGUGCAAGUUUACAGACUGGAAGUGCUAAAUCUUACUCACAACAACCUACAUGGCACAGUUCCGAAAAGUAUAACUGAUCUAACGAGGAUACAUACCUUUGAUUUGUCUGAUAAUGAGCUAUCUGGAGAUGUGGAAAGUGUGGUUCAUCUGAGGUCCAUGACAGCAGUCCGCCUCUGCUCUAACAAAUUCUCUGGGAAGGUGGGAUAUGAGAUUGUGAAUGAGUUCUUUCAAGAGAAUUGCUUUGACUCUUUCAAUCUAUGUUCUGAUAACCGGAUCGAGGGUCUACCAAGUUGCACUCCAAGCUUGUGCUCUGGUAAUCAAAUUCGGGAAUAUCUGCAAUGUCCAUCAAAGAGCCAAUUUGCAAUAAUGAUAGCAAUGGUAGUUUGUUGUGUGGUUGUAGGAUUUGCAAUACUUUACUACUUGGUAAGAAAAUGUUGGCCUAAGAAAGGGUACGAAUGGGAGACGAAUGAAGAAGACGAAUGGAAGAUGAUUAUAUUUGAUAGGCUGAAGUUCAAUAAAACAGAAAUAUUGUCAAGUUUGACAGAUGAAAAUCUCAUCGGGUAUGGGGGAGCAGGAAAAGUGUAUCGAGUGUCCAUGAACGAAGGAAGCAAUCACGUUGCUGUCGAGAGUAUUGUAAAUCCCAGAAAAUCAGACUGUGGGCUUGAGAAGGAAUUCCUGGCAGAGAUCAAGACACUGGGGACUAUAUGGCACAACAAUAUAGUAAAGCUUUUCUGCUAUCUCUCGAGCAACGACUUGAAGCUUCUCGUGUACCAAUAUGUCGAGAACAAGAGCCUUCAUCACUGGCUGCAUGGAAAAAACAGGGAAAUAUCACCAGUUGGUACUAGUUCAGUCACGAAACUGGAAUGGCCGAUGCGGCUGCAUAUUGCCAUUGGAGUGGCACAAGGACUUUCCUAUAUGCACCAUGAUUGUUCCACGACUAUCAUUCACCGGGAUAUCAAAUCGAGGAAUAUACUACUGGACUCAGAAUUCAAUGCAAAAAUAGCAGAUUUCGGACUGUCAAAAUUGCUUAGCAGGCACGGAGAUACAGAAAUAGCAUCACGUAUAGCAGGAACAUUUGGCUACAUUGCCCCCGGCAUGAAUUAUACUUACUAACCCUCAUUAUCUUUAGGACAGUUUGGUAAGACAGAUAACAUAUCUAUACAUUGACAAACUGCCCCAGUAUUCCUACAUAACAAAAGUGAACAGAAAGACUUGUAGCUUCGGAGUGGUUUUACUCGAACUGACUACAAGAAGAGAGGCUGUUACUUAUGGAGAUCAUAUGAACCUAGCACAAAGGGCACACCUACAGUCAAGAGAUACAAACGCCAUUAUUGAAGCACUGGAUGAUGAGAUCAAGGACUCCACCUACUUGAACCAAAUCAUAACUGUUUUUCGUCUAGGGUUGUUUUGUACACUGCUAAGUCACCUUCAAAUAGGCCAUCCAUGAAGGAUUGCCAGCAUAUUCUACAAUCUACAUAAUUGCAAAA